UGCUUUUGUAGUUUCCUUAUUUCCGCUUAAAAAUUAAUUAAUAUAACUAAAGUAUUCAAGUUAAUUUUUGUGUUUUUCCGUCUGUCCCAACCAUGAUGUCGGAAGUGCUUCAGCGAUCCGUUUCCAUUGGGAGUAAAGCACCCGAUCCGGUCGACCAUUUCCUGGAGCGGCACCUUCUCUACCGGAAGCACAUGGUAAUGGACCCCUCGUGCUUGUUCCGCGUGAUCGCCGAGCAGGUCUACGACAGCCAGAUGCUGCACCACGAGGUCCGCAUGGAGUGCGUUCGCUACAUGUUCCGGAAGAGGCGCAGUUUCCGGCGAUUUGUGAGUGGCGACUACGACGAGUACCUGUGGCAGCUGGAGCUGGCCAGGACGCCGGGCACCAUGCUGGAGCUGCGCGCCCUGGCCCACCUGUACCGUCGGAACAUCAUUAUUUACAAACCCUUCGAUCUGGGCCGUCUGGUCAUCGACCGCAAGGACUACCCGGAGACCCUGAGGAUCUUUGUUAGCAACCGCGGGCACUUUGACUCCGUGCUUGAGAAGUCGGACAUCGAGAUGGCCGCCAUUGCCCAGGCCGUGGCCUUCAAGAUGCUCUACAAGCACUUUUUCCGCCUGCCGGACAUCGAUUUUGCCGUGGAAUGGAUGCUCUAUCCGGAGACCUUCAGAUGGGGGACCGACUUGGAGUUCGAUCCGCUCGGCAAUGUCAUCCGAUUGCUGUGCAGAAACGGUCGCAGUUUCAAGCUCGAUCGCCCCGAGAACACCCGUUGUAUCCUGGCCAACUACCGGGAGUGUCCGUUCCACAAUCCCAACAUAAAGCUCGGCCGUUAUAUGAUGUCCUGCAUGCGACGUUUUCUCGAGCGGAAUCGCCCACCCAUCUCCUAUAUGACAGCCAAGUCCCUGGAUCCCUAUAUGUAUCGAAACGUGGAGCUUAGUUGCCUGAACAAGGACAUUCGCGAGGGUAAUAAUUCGAAUGUCUAUAAAGGCGACUAUGACUUCAAGGUGGGAGCCAAGUGCCAGGUGGAGUUAGAGGCCAAACGGCAGCUAAGCGUUUGCCAUAUCCAGGCCAUUAAUGAAGAUAAAUCCUCCUGCCUGGUGUUUGUCGAGGGGCAGGGCAAAUUUCAAGACGUGCCCUAUAAGAAUCUACAUCCUCCGCCGCCAAGCGAAUUUCAACCUUGGGACUGUCAGCCCAAGAAGCGGUUCAGCCGAAAUCGACGCAACCAAUUGAGACGCAUAAAGAGGCAGAGGCAAAAAGAGCAGUGGCAACGACAAAUGAAUCAACGCCAAGACUUCAAAGAAACUGAUCCAGGUCCCAAAAAGCAGUCUCAACCAACUCCGCCUGUUAAAUGUCAAGUGGAAUCUCGGCCUGACCAACAGAUAUCUACGGUUCCGUCUGUCCCUCAGUUCUCCACGCCUCCACCGCAGGCCAUUCCCCGCCCGGUUUUUCUACCGGCUCCACCGCCCCUUUUUGGUCCUCCUGGAAUAAUGACACAUCAACUGAUGAUACGUCCUCCCGGGCCAAUCUUCUAUGUCACACCACCACGAGUUGAAGCUCCGACAGGCCUGAUGCCGCUUCCAUUUGUUGUCCGCAACUCAUCCGUGAUGAUCAAUUCUGUUAAUGAGCCCAAGCCGCCUCCUACAUAGUUGCACCCAAUUUUUUUUAUAAUGUUUGCAUUUUUUUUCA